UAUCUUUUUUUUUCCCCUGCUUUUUUUUAUCCAAGAUUUUAGACUAGAGGUGCAAGCUACGUACCCUUUUGUUGGUAUUUUAGAGUGGGGAGGGGGAGUGAUAUAUCAACUACCUUUUUUUCUUCCUUCUUUCUUUCGUUUCUUUCCCUUCGUGUUGUUUGUUACAUUGGUUUGAUUCUGUGCGCAGCUGGUCUGUGAUGCUAUUACAUCUAUCAUUAUACCUCAAUAAUCCAAUCCAACAAUAAUAAUAAUUACUACUACCUAAUCAACCAAGCAAAUGUCCAAGUCUACGAGUCAUGUCCUCCACCACAUCCACAAAUACAUCUCGCGCAGCGACUCAUCAACAACAUCAGACCUCACCGUCCAGGCGAAAGUAGGUCUAGCGUUCGGCAUACUAGGAGCAAUCCUCCUCACCAUAAUCCUCACCACCCUCAUCGUCCUCCGAAUCCAGCACGAUCCCGUCAUCACUCUCCGAACGCUCUUCUCCCGAACCCCGAUCCCAAUCGGACAGAGACAGUCAUUAUCAAUAGAGAUUUCCCCUUCAGACGAGGAAUCUCAGCCGCCGCCGGCAUACACACAUCCACACCCAUUACCAGAGGCAGGAUCAAAGGGGAAUGCAGAUAUUCCACUACCCCCGCAACAAGCGCAUAUACCCCCCUCGCUGCGCAAGGAACUUAAUCUGCAUGUUGAUACAUCUACUACUACCACUGCUAUCGCGACGAAGCCGAAACCUACACCGCUGAGAACAAUGUCCGAUACGGAGAUAGUCAAAUCAUCAACGUCAACGUCAUGUGAGAAAGAUAGAGAGGCGCGCAGCUCGACGCUAAAGGUUCAGAUCCACCACCACCUUCACCAUAAUCAUAAUCACCCGUAUUAUAGUCGGCUGAGGGUGGGGAGUCCGAGAUCGCCUGUGGGCAAUGGUGCUGCUGCUGGGAUGAAAUCAGAUAGGUUAUGUCCUCCGCCGGACGAGUAUGCUGUGCCGCCGGAUAGUCCUGAUGUGAUUGUGUUGCCGUCGCCGAGGGAGUUGCAGAAGUUUAGGAUUAAUGUUUAUCGAUGAGAUGAGAUUAUACGGUGUGGUAUGGUAUAUGGGAUUGGGUAUGUAUAUAGGUUACUGUUUAUGUAUGUGUAUGUUUGGUAAUGAUAAUGAUCAUGAGUGUCAUGUUUUUGCUUUACUUUUUUUUUGG